AUGGGCACAGGCCUGCCUUACCAAGAGGUGUCACCAGGAGUAGCAGCAGUGGGCGCAGGCGUGCCUUACCAAGGGGUGUCACAAGGAGUAGCAGCAGUGGGCACAGGUCUGCCUUACCAAGAGUUGUCACCAGGAGUAGCAGCAGUGGGCACAGGCCUGCCUUACCAAGAGGUGUCACCAGGAGUAGCAGCAGUGGGCACAGGCCUGCCUUACCAAGAGGUGUCACCAGGAGUAGCAGCAGUGGGCACAGGCCUGCCUUACCAAGAGGUGUCACCAGGAGUAGCAGCAGUGGGCGCAGGCCUGCCUUACCAAGAGGUGUCACAAGGAGUAGCAGCAGUGGGCGCAGGCCUACCUUACCAAGAGGUGUCACCAGGAGUAGCAGCAGUGGGCACAGGCCUGCCUUACCAAGAGGUGUCACCAGGAGUAGCAGCAGUGGGCACAGGCCUGCCUUACCAAGAGGUGUCACCAGGAGUAGCAGCAGUGGGCACAGGCCUGCCUUACCAAGAGGUGUCACCAGGAGUAGCAGCAGUGGGCGCAGGCCUGCCUUACCAAGAGGUGUCACAAGGAGUAGCAGCAGUGGGCGCAGGCCUGCCUUACCAAGAGGUGUCACCAGGAGUAGCAGCAGUGGGCACAGGCCUGCCUUACCAAGAGGUGUCACCAGGAGUAGCAGCAGUGGGCACAGGCCUGCCUUACCAAGAGGUGUCACCAGGAGUAGCCGCAGUGGGCACAGGCCUGCCUUACCAAGAGGUGUCACCAGGAGUAGCAGCAGUGGGCACAGGCCUGACUUACCAAGAGGUGUCACCAGGAGUAGCAGCAGUGGGCACAGGCCUGCCUUACCAAGAGGUGUCACCAGGAGUAGCAGUCGUGGGCAUAGGCCUGCCUUACGAAGGGGUGUCACCAGGAGUAGCAGCAAUGGGCAGAGACCCACCUUACCAAGAGGUGACACCAGGAGUAGCAGCAGUGGGCACAGGCCUGCCUUACCAAGAGGUGUCACAAGGAGUAGCAGCAGUGGGCACAGGCCUGCCUUACCAAGAGUUGUCACCAGGAGUAGCAGCAGUGGGUGCAGGCCUGCCUUACCAAGAGGUGUCACCAGGAGUAGUAGCAGUGGGCGCAGGCCUGCCUUAUGAAGGGGUGUCACCAGGAGUAGCAGCAAUGGGCAGAGACCCACCUUACCAAGAGGUGUCACCAGGAGAUGCAGCAGUGUGCAAAGGCUCACUGUACCAAGAUGCGUCACCAGAAAUAGCAGCAGUGGUUAAAGGCCCACCUGGCCAAGAGGCCUCGCCAGGAGUAUCAGAAGUGGGCAAAUUCUCAUAUUACCAAGGCAAGACUGCAAGCGGUUAG